AGUGUGUGGUUUUUCGGGUUCAUCCGACUUCUGUCGGCCGCUCUGAGUUUACUGUAUUGUCAAAGGCUGCUGCUGUGAAUCGGUAGAGCAGGAGGCGGAGGAAAGGGGGGUCUCAGUAGCCAAAUUUCUCCCCUCAUAGUGAACACAUCCGGAGUCCCGACGAUCGUAUUUAAAAAGCCCGUUGUGUCUUUUUAGGAAGCAGAGUUUUAGAUGUAUAUAUUUUAAAAAUUAUUUAUGUCAUUUUUGCUUAGUAUAUGCUUUACGUUUAACACGCUGGGAGGGCAGAAAUGGCGGCCAACAUGUACCGGGUCGGAGAUUACGUCUUCUUUGAAAACUCCUCCAGUAACCCUUACCUGAUCCGCCGGAUAGAAGAACUCAACAAGACCGCCAGUGGGAAUGUGGAGGCCAAGGUGGUUUGUUUCUACAGAAGGAGAGACAUCUCUCACAGCCUCAUCCAGCUUGCAGAUAAACACGCGAAGGAGUUGGAAGAAGAGAAGGAGAACCCAACAGAGACAGAUCUCACAGACAAACAGAAACACCAGCUUCGCCACAGAGAGCUAUUCCUCUCCCGACAGUAUGAGAGUCUCCCAGCGACACACAUCAGGGGGAAGUGCAGUGUGGCAUUAUUGAACGAGACUGAAGCCGUUCUUUCAUACCUUGACAAAGAGGACACUUUCUUCUACUCACUGGUGUACGACCCGACCCAGAAGACCCUGCUGGCUGAUAAAGGGGAGAUCAGGGUGGGGCCGCGCUUUCAGGCAGACGUACCUGAAAUGUUGGUAGAGGUAGAGACAGAUGACAGGGACCAGUCCAAGCUGGAGGAGAAGCUCUGGGAUCCAGAUUGUCCUCUGACCGACAAACAGAUAGACCAGUUCUUAGUGGUGGCGCGGGCUGUUGGGACCUUUGCCCGGGCACUGGACUGCAGCAGCUCAGUUCGACAGCCAAGCUUGCAUAUGAGUGCAGCUGCAGCCUCUCGGGACAUCACACUGUUCCAUGCGAUGGACACGCUGCAUCGCCAUAAUUACGAUCUGUCCAGCGCUUUGAGCGUGCUGGUCCCGGCGGGCGGCCCAGUGCUCUGCAGGGAUGAGAUGGAGGAGUGGAGCGCCUCGGAAGCAGCCAUGUUUGAGGAGGCUUUGGAGAAAUAUGGGAAAGACUUUAACGACAUCCGACAAGACUUUCUGCCAUGGAAGUCUCUGACCAGCAUCAUAGAGUACUACUACAUGUGGAAGACCACGGACAGAUAUGUCCAGCAGAAAAGGCUGAAGGCAGCUGAGGCAGAAAGCAAACUGAAGCAAGUUUAUAUCCCCACAUACAACAAACCCAACCCAAACCAGAUCUCGAUGACCAACGGCAAGAUGGCAACUGUGAACGGCGCAGGCCCCGGGGCCUUUCACGCAGCAGGAGGCGGCAGAGCCUGCGAGAGCUGCUACACCAUGCAGUCGGCCCAGUGGUAUUCGUGGGGCCCUCCCAACAUGCAGUGCCGCCUGUGCGUUUCCUGCUGGAUGUACUGGAAGAAGUACGGCGGUCUGAAGAUGCCAAGCAGAGCUGAGGCCCCAGAGGAGAGGACCUCCCCAACUCCUGCAACCAAUGAGCCUCGCUCCAGGAGUCACGUUCCUCGCCAAUCCAACCACAUGGUACCAAUGAGGAACAGCGGCAGCCCCAAGUCCUCCAUGAAGACCAAGCAGGCUUUCCUGCUGCAGGCCACCCGCCUCACCAAACUGGCCCGGCACAUGUGCCGGGACGUCAUCAGGCUGCGCCGUGCCGCGCGCCGGCCCUUUGUCCCCAUUAACUGUGGGGCCAUAAAGGCAGAGUACAUGUUAAGGGUGUCAGAGGGGCAGGGGACCCGGCUACCCAAAACAAGAGCGGCCCAAAGGAGUACUCUGACCAGUGUUCUGCAGUUCCUAGAGUCUCGUCCCAUGGCUCACGCCCCUCGCUCCCACCGCACCGCAGGCCUGCAGACGCCACCUCCUCGCCGUCUCCUCUCCUCUCUCCCCCACGGCCCACACGGCAUGCUGGGAAAACGCAGCUACCACCACCACAGCACUGCUGACCUGGAGAGGCGCUCAGAAAACCCUGGUUCAACAGGAGGACCUCUCAUGCACAAUGGCCGCAGCAGUAGCGGAAACACCAGAGGAGGAGUAAUGAUUCGCAAGAGACGCCCCAACUGGAUCGAUGCCCCCGAUGACAGCUUCUUCCUCGUCACCCGGGAGACCAGGAGGGCUCGACGGCUGCUUUCCCGCUCCCAGUUGAGGCACGCCUGUCGACAGCCCUGUGAGCAAAUUACCUUGCGCAGGGUCUCCCACGGUCCCCCACAGGGGCUAGUUCUGGCCCCUCCACACCCUCACCCCAGCUUGAGGAUGCGGGGCCCCAUCGUCAUCCAUGACUGAUCGAUCCCCAUCGGACUCUCCUAAAUGCACCUGCAUACCUGUUCUUUAAAUACAUCCUCAGUUCUUUGAAAACUAUAAACAGAAUUAUGACCCGUCACAAUGAUUCAAUGUGCUGUUUGGCAACAGAUGGAUGCGUGAUGAGCCCUGAUGCAAUAGAAACACAAACCUGACUGCAAACUGUCUCCUGUCCUUUAGGAAUUACUUCUUAAAGUGUUUCUACAACUAUAUCUCAAUGAAUUAGAAUAUGUUACAAUAAUUAUCUUCAACAAAGAGGAAGACAUGUUUUAGAGAUGAUUUUUAGUCUUUAUCAGCCUGCGCAUGAACUACAGGUGGAAAUUAGCAUAUUUUCAACAAUCUGGUAUAGCGAAUCUUUUCUUCGAGAAAGGUCAGUGAAAUAUCACUCAUUGUCUCACACAAAACAAAAAGGUCAUCGUCAUAUAGAUGCAUCCAGAAAGCAUUCACAGCACUGCACUUUUUCCACAAGUAAAGCCUUAUUCCUGAUAAUAAUGGUGUUAAAAGUAUAGAGCAAAGGUGCCUAAUUACGGAAAUGUUAUUUUUGUUAGA